AUGCGUCGACGGGAGUUCCUCAGUCUGGAUCUAGCCUUGUUGAGGUUUGCCCUAGGCUUUGUGCUGCUAUGCAGCUCCGCAAUGCCGGUCCUGGCUUCGAUCCACGAGUACUCCAAGCAGGCCUUCGCUCCGCGCUCCAAUUCCUACUUCUUCCACGGCGGCAGCGAAGGUCUGUACGCGUCGGAGGUCCAGGGGAGUACUGUUUCUAACGAAGGGAAAUCCUUCAUCAAGUUAGUGAUUGUCUUUGCCUCCUUUUAUCCUUCGAUUUCGAUGUGAUUUUCUAGGAUCAAGCGUGGUGUUCUCGUCAUUUUUAUUUAUAUUUCUGACGCAAGGACAAAACCAGCGGGACGAGAUUACGAUAAUAAAUCGAUCUGAGAGUCGAUAGUAGGAUAAGAUAGAAAAAUGGGAAUUUUUUGCAGUGGACUAGUCGUUUGUCUCGGGAAACACUUCUUGCUUGUAAGGUUUAGCCUUAUCAUUUAUCUAUUUUUAGAAUGUUACCCAUGGUUUUGCCUAUCAGUCUCACAUAGAACCCCAUGAGGGACCAGGUUUUUGGUAGAUUUAUGCAGCAGCGAGCCUUAGAGUCAUGAACCAAACCCCUAUUACAUUGACACAUGUAGCUUACAUUUCGGUCAAAGAAUGAUGGCUUCCAUGUGCCAUGUUGAGGAAUUGGAUAAAAGAUUACUCAUGGGAUCUCCGAAAAACCAUUAAAUGUUGGAAAUUUCUUUAUAAUCAAACUGACAACUAGUCUAUCCAUUCAACUAUCAAUUGAUCAUCCUUCGGUCACCAAAAGCCUUUGUUCCAUUAUCUAAUGCCAUGCAAUUUAAGAACCUCGGAGAUAAGAGGAAGAAAUUGAGCUUCUAUUGAUGGCCGAUUCUAAAUGUGGGUCAAUAUUUGGGUGAAGCUAGCUCGUGUCACAAUCAAACCAGGUUCAAUAUAUUGUGCCUGACCUCUCUAUGCUGGCAUCUAUGUUUAAACCAAAAAUACUUUUGUAAAAAACCUUACCGAUAAAAUUCAAUUAACAGAGCUGGUCCAGAUACUGUGAAAACCAUAACAAGUAAAAUAAACCUGUUUAUGAUUCCUUAUUUCCUGCCUGAUCCGGUGCCUAACAAGAAUGGAUAAAGUCAGCCGAUGCAGGGGUCAGAUCUGAUUCCACUCGCAAUCGCAAAAGCGAGACAUUUCGACCAAUGUCUGUAGUGUCGAAGUCUAGACUUCAUUUUGGAUAUGCAAAUGCAUCAUUCGUUUUUUCAUGUAAAAUUAUAAAAUUAAUGGCUACCGUGAUGUCAUUAGGAUAUAAUGUUCAUUGAAGAGAUCUCAGAAAUGUUCUUAUUAUUUCGAUUCGUAUCUUUUUUUUUUGUUCGAUUUGUGCCCUUAAAUUCAUGUUCCUGAUUGAUCCUAGACAUGCUAUGCUAGAUUUGAAUCGGUGAAAUUUCGAAGGCCCAAAGAGUCAGCUAUGAAGCAUCAUGCCAUGCAGCGAAGAAGUGGAUUAGUGGAGGCUAUUAUGGUUGAAAUUCGCGACAGGGAUAAGAUCGGUGGCUCUCAUUUAAAUUCUGAUGCUAUUUGCUGUAGUCCUGAUUUGGAUACAAAGUGUAACAUAGGGGAGGUGAUCAUCCGUUCAAAUGAAGAAAACCCUGGUUGGCCGAAACGUAUUCAGACCUUUUUUGAUGGCCAAGCUGAAGAAGCUACCAUGGUAGCUGAAUCUGUUGAGAUAAACAAAACUGGUAUGUACUAUCUAUAUUUUAUGUUUUGUGACCCACAACUUAAAGGUACAACAAUUACUGGUAGAACUGUUUGGAGAAAUCCCAGAGGAUAUCUGCCUGGAAAGAUGCAGCCAUUAAUGACUUUCUAUGGUUUGAUGUCGCUGGCAUAUCUUGUGCUUGGUUUAGUUUGGUUCAUGAGGUUUGUGCAAUUUUGGAAAGAUAUAUUACAACUGCACUAUCACAUUACGGUAGUGAUUGGCUUGGGGAUGUGUGAGAUGGCUUUCUGGUACUUUGAAUAUGCGAAUUUUAAUGCAACUGGUGUCAGACCUAUGACCAUUACACUGUGGGCUGUGACAUUCACUGCUGUGAAAAAAACAGUGUCCCGCCUCCUUCUUCUGGUGGUCUCAAUGGGCUACGGUGUUUUGAGGCCAACAUUAGGCGGUCUGACCACCAAAGUUGUUUCUCUUGGGGUGAUAUAUUUUGUGGCUUCGGAAGCUCUUGAGCUUGUGGAGAAUUUGGGAAAUAUCAACGAUUUUUCUGGAAAAGCAAGAUUAUUUCUCGUCCUACCAGUUGCUAUCUUGGACGCAUGUUUCAUUGUAUGGAUUUUCUCAUCAUUGUCAAAAACUCUGGAAAAACUCCAGGUAAAUUUCUGUUUUCAUAUCAAGUAAGGAUAUCUGUUUUCAUCAAUUUUUCUGCUGGAUCAUGUUUUGAGAAAAAUCUGUGCAUAGAUUUACUCCAAUAAAUUGACAUAUUAAUGAUUAGAUUUCCUUUCUAUAGCCCAUCUUCUUGUAAUAUGUUUGGUUUCAUCUAAAUGAUGCCUCUAUAGGCUUAUGUCGUAACCAGUUUGGAGGUAAUGACUACUAAUCAUGCAUAGUAGAAAUAUUCUGCAAAUUUUCUGAAGACUAAUCUUGAAAAAUUUGUAAAACUGCAAGAACCAAACGAUUGGCGACGAGCCUUAGUGACCAAAGAAGAAUAUACGGUUUUUUCCAAUUCGUUGUUAUUCGAACCUCAGCCUUCACAUAAGCGUAGCAAAUCCUACCGUUUUAGGCUCCUACGUGUAAUGAAUGAAUAUUUUAUAAAUGCUACUGAGUAACGAAAUUUUGUCAAUUAUAUAGUUCAAGGUUCUGAGUUUCACCGUUGGAUACAUCUCACGGCAGUUAUGACAUGUGUAGAGAGCUAGACUUUGCACUAAAUUGUUGAUAUUGACUUAAGACUGAUUGAGGGUCCCACACUAAGGCGUGCUAUUUAAAGCUAUCAAUGCUGUGAUGCAUAGAUUUUUUGGUUGGUAGGUCUAACUUUACCAUGACUCGAGAAAUAAAGGCAUGCCAUAACUUUGCCAACGGAACGGGAAUUGGCUAUUGAUUUUUCACUCAUCAUUAUCGAAACGGAACUAAGUGAUCGUAAUUAUGUCAGAAAGUUGACUUUAAUAUUCAUAUGAAAUGUCUUCUCUGUUCAAAAAUUCUUGAUUUACGUGUUUUAAGUGCAUCUUUUAUUAGUUGAUUGAUUUUUUCCCCAGAUACGCAAAAGUUUAGCCAAACUGGAGCUGUAUAGGAGAUAUACCAAUGCCCUUGCAAUAUCUGCGCUCAUCUCGGUCUCUUGGAUUGGCUACGAGGUGGGUGUCUCUUGUUUUGCGAUUCCACCAUAUGCUCCUGUUCUUUCUUAUGCAGUAUCAUCUAUCCUAAAACCUCAGAUUUCAACCUGACGGUUCUUGAGGUGGUGCUAAAAUAGAAAAGAAGCUUUCUUGAUUGGAAGUCCGUUUACCUGCUCGCUAAAUUAACGAGGAACCGGGCAGCAAUUUACAAAGUCAGCAAGAUUGUGAGCUUAUCAUGAUGGAAAAUAUAUUUAACUCAUAUAUGAUUCAGAAUGAAUGAUUUUGUGUGAUCCUUGUAGUUUGCCACAGGAGAACUAAUCUUCUGAUUUCAAAUAAGGAAUUGUGAACUGGAGAAUAUCUUCUGAUUCUGGGAAGUUAUGUGUUCCUGAUAAAAUUUUCCUUUAUUGACAAGUGAUCCACAUGUUUAUGGUAUUACUUUGCAUGGUUGAUUUGUUUCUGUCGCGGUCAUUGUAUCGCUCAGGCUUCUGAGUUUCAUGGUUUGCAGUUAUAUUUUAACGCUACUGAUCCGUUGAGUGAGUUAUGGCAAAGAGCUUGGAUCAUCCCUGCCUUCUGGAACGUGCUCUCCUAUGUGCUCCUUGGAGUGAUCGGUAUUCUCUGGGGGCCCUCCCGUAAUCCAACCAGGUGUCUUCUAUCCUCAUCCUUCUUCUUUUCCUCUCUCCUAACCAUUAAUCCGGGUAGCAGCUUUGUUCAUACUCAACGACUUCUCUCUCUCUCUCUCUCUCUCUCUCUCUCUCUCUCUCUCUGUUUCUCUCUAUCUAUCUAUCUAUCUCAUAGCGGGCCUUUCAUGGUUUAACCCCCCAAUGACCGUGGUUGCAGAUACGCGUAUUCAGAGGAGGCAGGGGACGACAUUGACGAAGAAGCAGUUUCGCUCACGAGCAGCGGCGCAAAGAUAUUAGGAGACUCCGUGAUCAAGCUGGAAAGGAAGGAGAAGAAGGCUGGCAGCUCUGUAGAUCACCCUUUUGGAAUCGGAGAGGACCUCGAGGAGGACAAGAGACAGUAG